AUGCCCAAGAUUGUCCAUUCCCAGCUGCCUAACGAGACCUGGGACACGAUUAUUGAUUUUCUACAUUCGGAUUAUCCUUCCCUCGUGGUCUGCAGCCUUGUUUGCAGGUCAUGGCUCCCCACGAGUCGAUACCAUCUAUUCAAAAGAAUAGUGCUUCGGUCUCAACAUAACCAGCAAAAAUUCUUGAGGUCGACCACUGGCAUGACAUUGCAGAAUUGCACAUUCGGGGGAUACACCCACCGCCUCGAGCUGUACGGGAACUGCGCCAAAAGCCCCUGGGUCCCAGACAGAACCACGCUGUUCCCUUGGGAUUUAUGUGAGCCCAUCAUCUCACGCCUCCCACUCUUCUCCGCAGUCACUUCCCUCCAUCUGAGCGGCAUCAAUUGGGACCAGAUGCGCGACGUUGUCGUUCCUUCUGUGAUGUCCAUAUUCUGGAACAUCACAGAACUGGACCUGACUGACAUGCUCUGGGAGGACCCCGUUUGUCUCAUUCAGUUUCUGGUGGCGUUUCCCAUGUUAGAACAGCUUCGCAUAUGCGCGGGUGGAUUGAUAACAGAUGAACCUCCCGAGAGGGUGGCUUGCUAUAGGCUAGGAACCCGUCUUCGUCGUUUGGUUCUUAGAGCUAUUCUGAUUGAAAGUCGCGUGGCAAAUUUCGGCUAUCUUUUCAAGUGGCUGUCGAGGCAGCGUCCUCCACUUGACUAUCUCGAAAUUGACAUGUCCUUUCACUCGCCCAUGGUGCACCCUGGCGGUCUAGCUGAUUGCACAGGGUUCAUCCGCAACCUUCGUGAUGUCCGGCAUUUUGUAGUGGCACCACCACAAAUGGAUAGGUCGAUCACCCUAUCACAGCCAAUCUUGGAUCUGUCACAUUGGACUAAAUUGCGCGUAUUGCAUUAUCGACAGUACCCCUCAGAUGUGCUUUAUCCAUGGCAACAUCAUUUGCAAGAGUCUAUAUCCAAGAUACCGCAGCUACAGGAGUUGAGGAUACAACUGUCAUUUGGAUUGUACGACUCGACGUCUCUCGUUAGUGUCUUCCGCUGGGAAGACCUGGAUAAUGUCUUAUCAGUUCUGCCGAAUUUAAUUAUGGUACAAUUCGCUUUGAAAGGGAUAGAGUCGGAAACUGCAGACCUGAAAGGUGAAAAGCGGCUCCUCAGUUAUAAACUCCCUCGAUGCACUGCUCGAGGUCUCUUGUCCGUAACAGAGGUAGUUGAUGAUUAUGGUACGUGGUCCCUCCCUGACCAACGAACUAUUGUGCUUAAGGUUGCUGGCCUCAGUUUGAAGUACCGGGUAUUUAUCGUUGUUGAAUACGUUGGAUUUAUUCCAUUGCAUCGGCCGAAGCCCCUUCGUUUAUAGAUAGCAUAGUAAAUCGACGGAUAAUUAUAAUAUGAAAUGUACGAACAACCAAAUCUCUAUACAGGGUUGUCGUCCAAUGGCACAUCGGCUGUUUGUGUUCUCUGGGAAACCGGAUGUGCGAAUUCAAGCGUAUCAUUCCACGUCGGAGUGGCGUUCUGCCCGAGAACAC